AUGGCCAUUGACGAUGGCAGCAAGCAGGCAGCAGCUCGGCCGAGGACGUCGCCGGAGCAGGCGAAGAGCCGCUCGCUGCGCAGGCUCCCGCACGUCGCCUGCCUGGUCCUCGCGGCCGCCCACCUCGCGCGGGCGCCGCGGGACCUGGCCUUCGUCGCGGCCGCGCACGCCGCCCUCGCGCUGCUGCUCCUCUGCGUCGGCAGGCACGAGGCGGCGCCCACCGCCGAGGCGAGGGGCCGGCUCAGGGUUUUGGUCUGGGCGCUGUCCACGGCGCUGACGGGCUUGUUCGCCUGCCGCGCGGCGGCGGCGGUGCCGCCGCCGCUGGGCGUGCUCGUCUACGGCCUGGCCCUGCUCGUCACUGCCGGUGGGUUCGUCUUGCUGUUCCUCGGCGACGCCGGGGACUUGUGGACACGUGAGAAAUCUCAGGACAAAGGUCUCUGAGUUCUACUACUAAUCACCCGGAGUUUACAUUUAAAACGAGUUUUAACA